AAGAAUCCAGAAAAACUUUCCAAAAGCCCCAAAGAAGCUUGAAAGAAUGACCCAUUCCCAAUAUUGAAACUCGGUUUUUCCCUUGCUUUUUUCCCACUAGAAGCCCCAUGUCUAUGUGUAGGAGUGGAUGACCUCCGAAAAUUCCUUUAUGAUUGCUUCAACUCUUUAAAUAAAGGAAGCCUAUAGAGUUCAUCUUUAGGGUGCUACUUUUUUUCAAAAAUCUGUACCCCAUUAGUGGUAGGCUUUGGCUCUUCUUGGAUGGUCUAUAUAAUAUGGGACUUUGUAGCUUCUCCUAGAGAGCCUUCUGGGAAGGGUGGCAACAAUGUCCGAAAGGAGGGGAUCCAACAAAUUUGAGGAUAUGGAGCUGAGGAGGGGGCCAUGGACUCUCGAGGAGGACACCCUCCUCAUCCACUACAUUGCUUGUCAUGGCGAAGGCAGGUGGAAUCUCCUCGCUAAGUGCUCAGGCUUGAAGAGAACGGGUAAGAGUUGCAGGCUUAGGUGGCUGAAUUACUUAAAACCAGAUAUAAAGCGCGGCAACCUCUCCCCGGAGGAGCAGUUCUUGAUCCUCGAACUCCAUUCCAAGUGGGGAAACCGGUGGUCUCGGAUUGCACAACACCUACCAGGGAGGACUGACAACGAGAUAAAGAACUACUGGAGGACCAGGGUGCAGAAGCAAGCGAGGCAGCUCAAGAUCGAUGCCAACAGCGCCACGUUCCGAGACGCAAUCCGGUGCUCCUGGAUGCCGAGGUUGCUCGAGAAGAUGGGCUCAUCUCAAUCCAUGCCACCUCUAAUAGACUCCAACGCCACGGCCACCGCCGGUAUGAUCGACCAAACUCCCCACGGCGGCCGGCCUCCCCAGCCGUUCUCAAAUCCAGCCAUGCAACACCCAUUCGAGAAUUGUAGCUCCUACGACCCCUCAAGCUCGGAGAAUCACAGCCCGAGCACCUCCUCGGCGUCCAUGGCUCUCCCCAAACUCCCGUAUUUGUCCGAAUUCUCAUCGAACCCUGCCAACAGUUACCAUGGUUUCACCUUCAAUCCAUUCAUGGGCGGCCACUGCAUUGAUCACAGUGGCUACGGUUUGGACACCAUGGAUCCAGCGCCUGCGUCAGCAUCACAGCUUGGCUCUUCAGUCUCAGAAUAUAAUUACUCUAUGGCUGCCAAUAAUUGCGUGGACAACAUUGGUGAUGGCUUGUGGAAUAUGGAUGAGUUAUGGUAUAUAUGUAAGAAAGCAACAUGAGAGAGAGCGGUGGAAUCUAGGUUCCUUGUGAGGAUAACUCUUGUAAAGGUAUUAGAAAGAGAGACCAAUUGAGUGUGUAAGUUUGAUUAUUGUGUAUGUGUGUGUUGUUUUGAGAUUUGAAUGAGAGUAGUUCCUUUCUCCAA